CAUGGGACCUCGAGGCGUCCGGCUCCUGGCGGUUCUCCUGGUCCUGGGCCUGUGGGCCCCGGCAGGGGCCCAGAAACCUUCCCCCUGCCGGUGCUCACGGGUAGCCCCCCACAAGAGGGAGAACUGUGGAUUCCCGGGCAUCACCAGCGACCAGUGCUUCUCCUCUGGCUGCUGCUUCGACUCCAGCGUCGUGGGGGUCCCCUGGUGUUUCCACCCACUCCCGAAGCAAGCGUCGGAGGAAUGCGUCAUGGAAGUCUCGGCCCGUAGGAACUGUGGGUACCCGGGCAUCAGCCCCGAGGAGUGCGCCUCCCGCAAGUGCUGCUUUUCCAACAACAUCUUCGAAGUGCCCUGGUGCUUCUUCCCGAUGUCCGUGGACGACUGUCAUUAUUAAGAGGAGUCCCUUCCGAGGACCCAGCAGCCUCCCUGGAUGUCUGGAAAUGAGGAAUACUCACCACCACAUCUCAGGUU